UGAAGAAGCAAUAUGGCGUAGGGCUUCUGUUGUAUGUUGCUUUCCCGCUCUUGUUUUUAGAAAGUUAAGUUAACAGACAUCGUAAAGUCAUCGUCAGUAGGUCUUUACCAGUGCGUUAGCCGCAGUCGAAGUUCCCGGAAUUCCCAGAAGAAAAGCUGUGAGCUGCUACUGUAUUUUAACUUUUUUCCCAAACGAGACUGCCGCCUGUAGCACAAAAAUGUCCAAAGUGGAAAUAAUAAGGGUGCUGGUGAGUCAACGCCUGAAUGCAGUGGCGGAAGAGAUCGUUGAAUUGUUUGAAAAAACGAUGGCAGAGUACCAAGACAGCCUGGCUCGGUUAUCGGAGGAAACGGAGCGCCAGCGCCGACUGCUCGGUACCGCGUGUACCGCGGGAGGACCUUCACAUCAGGCAGAAUUCCAGCAGGUGUUGAUAAUAAACGAUGUACCACCUAAAGAACAAAACUCGGGGCUUCCUUUGAACGGCGCAUACUUGGGUACCCACCACAUUAAAGAAGAGCAGGAAGAAAUGUGGUGUUGCCAGGAGGGAGAGCAACUUCAAGGAGUGGAGAAAUCCACUUUUAGCUGUGUCCCUUCGAAGACUGAGAGCCAAGAGGGACAGGAGAACGUUCCAUACAUUUUAAAAGUGCUACAUGGAGACUUUCAGCAGAUGCAGGGGUGUAAUCAAGAGGUUCCCUCUGAGGAGCAUGGGUGGACACCUGCUCUGAAACGGGAGGACCCAGAACACUCCAGUGGCGUGGAACAGGAGAAAAUCAUAAGUCAGAAAGGAGAGAAACUUAUGGAACUGGAAGAGAAUUCGAUCACAGACUUCUCAUUUGCUCCUGUUCCUGUGAAGCGUGAGGUUGAUGAAGAGGAACCUGGAUCGGCUCAGCUUCACAAGAUGCAAACUGAAAACAACAUAAAGGUAGAGCCUUCAGACAGCAGUUCCACUCAACAUAUGGAAACAAAGAGUGAUGGUGAGGACUGUGGAGGAGCAGAACCUCUGACCAGCUUAGCUAAUGAGAAGACUUCAAACUCUUCAGGCAGUGAAACUGAAGACAGCGAUGAUGACUGGAAAAGAACAACUACAAAGAAGAAGUCACAUUUUAAAGUAGUGAUGGAUAAAAAAGAGCAUAAAUCAAAACCCGUCCAGAAGGUGGAUCCAGCUCCAGUUAAUGAAGACAAGACCUCCGAUUCAUCUGAUACUGAGACGGAGGACAGUGAUGUUGAUCUCGGGGAGAGCAAAGAAUCACAGUCAGGUUUAAAUAGUAUGAAACUCAAAGAGGUUCCUGCAAGGCCUCACUCGAGGCAGCACCUGAAAAAACACACAAAGUCACAAACAGCACAGAUGGCUGUCCAUGGUUCACAACAUUUCAUUCACAAAACAAACUCAGACAAAGGACACGUGACAACCAGUUCUGCAGAGAGACUUUUAAGCAGCUCUGUGUCUAAAAAAUGUAAAGACGGUGCAUCUCUGAAGGCGCAGAACAGCAAAGAUGAAACCUUCAUUUGUUCAGUUUGUGGUAAAAGAUUCCAAAAGAAAGCGUACUUGGUUUUACAUAUGAAAAUGCAUCACAGAAGGUCUAACGUUAGUGGCACAGAUGGCAGGUGAGCCGGGGUAACAUAUCAGUAAUGGGUUAGUCUCAGCUCAUUACCAAUCACUUUCUUUUCUAAUUAUCAUUUUAUUUUUUUCAACCCUGGAAGAUUGUUUUUGUCUGACUGUUAAGUGUCCAGUGCUGCAACUGAUAACCAAACUGAAAUGUUCUGCCUGUUAAAAAGAAAAUAUUUUCAUUUUUGCUUUUAAAUGAAAUCAAAUCUUAAUAAAAAUGUAGAGAAUUUUAUAAAAAAAAAAAGAAAGUGUAAAACUGGGUUUUUUUUUUUAGCUUGUCCAGCCAAUGGGCUGAUGAGCUUCUGCCAUGGCGAGCUGUCAGGCUGUACACAGUUGAUAAGAAUCAUUCCUCACACAUACGAUCAUCUAAUUGGUCCAAAUCAUGCUCGGGGUAAAGGUCACAUUUUCUGCUCCUCAUUGUGGUGGAUCCUGGACCAGGUGAGCUACUUUGUCUUUUGUUUCAAAGGUUCCUGAUGUCCUGUUCUGAAUAGCAUAAAUAGAAUAUACACUGGCGACUUUCUAGGUACAGCAUUUUAACUGCUUGUUAACCCCUUCGGUCACCGCUCACUUUCUAUAGUUAUGUACUGUAUCCCCCAAAAUAUUCGUUUUCAUCUCCUACCUAAAAAGGUUUAUAUAAGAAAUGCACCGCAUUAAGAUCUACUGAGGCCUGAAAUUAUCUGUUUGAGAACUUGUACCUCCACGGCAUUCGUGCCGUCUAAAGUCUGCCGCCCGGAGGCGGAGUGCUGGCAGCUGACAAUUUUUACUGUAACAGUCCCUGCUGAAAUAUAAAUGAUCACACAGCACACUGAUGAAUGAUCAGUCAUUUGUUGUGUUGGAAUGGUCACACUGAUGGAGAAAUGGAUCUUAAAGAUGAUGUGAGUAUUUGAGUGAAGAUGAGGCUGAAAUGAGUUAAAGGCUUGUCAAAGAGGAGGGAGAUUCCACGGUACACAAUCUUCUAUAUGUUCUCCACACAGGUCUUCAUAUGUGGUUGAGCUAAUCGUAAUUUUACUUGAAAUGGAGCAAAAAUAAGGGAGAGUAAUGAUUCUGAAUGAGAUGAGUAUAUGAUGGUAUGAACAGAAGGUCGGGUGAUGCUUAUGACCUAAUGAGUGUAAAAGGGAGAAUUGAGAAUUUUGUGCUGGUUUAUCACUUCCCUAUUUGGAUUACAUCAGCUGGUCACCAUGUACUCUCAUCUCUCAGUUCAUCUCAAGAUUAGUGUUGGAAGUCAGCAUUACCAUAAAGUAGAUUAAUUAGGUUAAAGGUGAUAUGUGAUUGUUAUUGUUUGAUUGAGCUCCUGCUUUGCCCCUGCUAAAUUGCUUAAAUAAAAUGC